UAUAAUUGAUAAACAAAAGGUACUUUGAUAAUUUAUCAAACUCCUAGGGUAAACUUAAAGGAUUAUAAGUUUAAGAUAGAAUGUAAAUAUAUUCGAAGCAUUUUGAGUUAGAAUUAGAAAGAAGAGAGUUAAGAAUAAAUAAUUAUAGUUACUUUUAAUUUUUAGGAAUGCUUUAUGGAUGAAAAUCUAUAAAUAAAUUGAAAGAGUAUACAAGUUAAUUGUAUUUACAGAAUUAAACAAGAAAUUCAUAAUAUCUACAGAUUUUAUAUUUAAGAAAUUAAAAGAAUUGAUAGGAGUAUUAGUAAGUGGUCAAAUUAAUAAAAGGAAUUGUAAUAAGAUUAGGAAAUAAAUCCAUUGAAUUUCAAGUAUUUAGAAUGAUAAAUUUAGGAAAUAAAUAAAGUAUCCUAAAAGAAUAAAGAAAAGAGAUUAAAAAAUAGGUUAUAAUAAAUUUAAUUAUGAAAAUAAAGUAGAGAAAUUAUACAUAGUAUUGAUAAAUGAUAUUGGAACUUCAGGAGUAAGGUUAUGAUGAACAGUUGAGAGAUAGAUCAAAAUAAGAAUAUAAGAGAGUUUCGGAAUAGUAUUAAAAAAAGGUUGAAAUA